CAUUAGCCAUACAUGCUCCAUGCCAAACGAUAUAUGUGACAGCCUGCUUGAAUGGCUGAGUACUUUUGAUGCUGUUAACAAUGUAUCCUACAAACCAAAAGAAUUGACUGAUGGCUUGGUCCUUUCCUCCGUUCUCAAAGAGAUAGCUCCUGGUUGGUUUGAUCUGAGUAAUUCCCUGAAAGAGAACAUCAAUGAUAACUGGCGGCUCAAAGUGAGCAAUCUCAGAAAAAUAAAGAAUGCUAUCCUUGACUAUUAUCAGGAGGUUCUUGAGCUUGACCUGGUCCAAUUCCCCAUGCCAGAUUGUGGGGAGAUCGGGGAGCAUGCCGAAGAAGAACAUUUAGGUCGGUUAUUGCAGCUCGUAUUGGGGUGUGCAGUUCACUGUGAUGAGAAGGAAGAGUACAUCAAGAAGAUUAUGGGACUUGAGGAGCAUGUUCAAACUGGCGUCAUGCAGUGCAUUCAGGAGUUGAUGGAGUAUGAAAUGCCUCGAAACAUGGGUAAUAUGGACUACGAGAAAAAGUUAGAACUUUCGAAUAAUGAAUUAGAAAGUUCCCAAAGAGAGGAUUAUGAUUAUGAGGGAUAUGAAUCAUAUGAGAAUAAUUCUUAUGACGAACACGAACAAAUCGACCUUGAGAAAGUAGAGGAAUUCAGGCAGAAGAUCCAUGAUCUUGAGAUCCAGAUACAGAUCUUACAGGAAUCAAACGAUACUUUACACGACGAAAAUGAGCGGUUGGAACUUAAAUGUAAAACCGAUCAGAGUUCCAUGAGCCAUAUAAUUCAGAGUCAAGGUCCAAACGAACAAGGAAAUGUCUCACAGCUUAUUGAGGAUUUCCACGCAGAGCGGUACCAACUUGAACUUGCCAGGGAUGAUUACAAGAUCAAAUGUGAAUCUUUUGAGUCAGAGAUAACAGAAUUAACAGAGAGAUGUAUGGAGUUGCAAGAACAAGCUGCUAACAGCAAACGUCUCAAAGAUGAAGUUGAUGAGCUCAAAUACAGACUUACUAACACAGCGAAGUUAGAAGUUCAACUAGAGAGUUACAAGAAGAAGAUCGAGGAAAUCCCGGAUCUUCGUAAUCAGAUCAGAACUCUGGAGUCUCAGAUUGAUAGUUACGUUAUGGAAAAGGUGUCGUUAGAGGAUGAGAAUAAGAGGCACACUCUGUACAAGAACCAGCUGGAGAAAUACAAAGUUGACAUCAGGAGAUUACAGGAAGAGUUGUUAUCAGAGACGAAACGAGCUGAUAAAUUCUCGAUAGAAGCUGAAAAGUACAAAGCUAAGUGCGAAGCCACAGAGAACGAUAACUUCAACUUAUUACAAGAGCGAUCGAGUCUCAAGGAAGCAGUAGAGAACAUGCAAUACAGUAACAACCGUGACAAUAGUUUGGGUGGUACAAACAGCUUCAUUGAGCAAAACAACCAUUCUGGAUCAGUGCCGCCUCAAACAAAGGAAAUGAUAGCGCGACUCCAGAAGGACAACGAGAACUUAAAAAUGCAGGUACUCGAAAAAGGAAUAACUGACACUGAUCUGGAGUUGCUGAGAGACGAACUAAAAGACAGCAAGGAGUACCAACAGAAAGUACAGGAGGAUCUGAGAGUAGCUAAUCAGAAGAUAGCCAUGAUGGAGAGCGAUAUCAAGAUAGGAUCUGGAAACACUGCUACUCCCACACGCACUCAGGAGCUGAUACAACUGCAGGACAAUCUGGUCAGUGAGAAAUCCAAACAUCGGGAUACAGUAGAAAUGUUAGAAAAGAAGAAUAACCGUAUAAAGGAGCUGGAACCCCGGGUAAAAUCAGCCGCUGAAGCUAUCAACAGUCUGAAGGACAUCAUCAAGAAGAAGGAUGACGAGAUCAAGACCCAAGAGGAGAAAUAUAAACGAUUCCUGGGCAAGGCUAAACAGGUGAUAAAAGCGAUAGACCCUAAGGGCUCCCAGUCUCCCUCCCCCGACACUGCUGCUCUGCGUAAACAGCUGGCAGAGAAGGAGCGGGCCCUCAUGAGGAUGGAGGAGGAGGCUGAGAGGCUGAAGACAGCUCGGGAGCGGGAGGAGCGCAUGGUGCUGAGCGCAUGGUACGAAAUGGGAAUGCACGUGCAUAAGAAGGGGCUGGAAGAGAGACUACAACCUCAGGUGAUAGACCGUAACCGUAACUUGCAAUUCGAAUUCGAGAGGACUAACAGUUGCUAGAGGAUGAACACGCCCCGCUCGCUCAUGUCUCAGAAGAGAAGCGACAUGAGACGCAGCACUGUGUCGGGGAAAAGUCCCAGCACUAUGCGAUAAUGUGUGGCGAGAUACUCAUCAUCCGUCUGAGCACGUGGUCUACUGUGUCGCGCGACACACCGUUAGUUGAUCACGUGUUAUAUGAUACCGAGAUUGAUUAUUUGAACGCGACAGCUAAAUUGACGAGGGACGAGGCUCCUUCAACCGUGAAGCUUGAGAGCUUGACUUGAGAAUGAACGAUUUUGUCAGGGGAAUUAUGACGAGUUUUUGUUGUUAGCUAUAACGCACUGUUUUAGUUGAUUGGUUGUUAUUGUUAUUUGAACUGGACUAUGUCGGGCGUGUUUUUAAUGCUCCGAAAUAGGUGGCACUGUAAUAUAUAUAGUAUUUUCAUUGGUAACACCACUGGUAACACCUUUGGUAACACUACUCUCUGCUCUAGACUGUAAUAAUAAUAAUAAUACAUCAGUGGGCCAGAAUUAACGUAACUUUCUAACCGCCCCUCAUUAAACAACCCAUAUUGUUGUUGGAUUCGUAAAUCCAAUGCAUAUAAAUUAUAAACUCUAACCAUACGUUAAAUCCGGCUCACUCUGUAUUAUAAAAAUCUGAUCUGAAAACUGCUUUGUACUGUUUAACGUAUUCCUGGUCCUGUACUACAAUUCUGCUUGUAAUUAGAUAAUUAAUUAUCAUUAAUCUGUUCGCUUUUGGUUAAGAAGGGGUUUAAUCUCAGUUCUUACAGUGUUUUUAUUACAGCAGAACUAUGAAAUAGUGUUUAAAAAUUCAAUUUUUGUGCCUGAUAACGAAAAGAUGAUAUCGUUGAAUAACGUUUUGAAGUUUUCAACUUAAACUUAAAUUCCAUCCGAAAAUCCUACCGCAGUAGUUUUGUAACGAUUUAGUUUUAAAGUGUGCAGAAUUCAGUUAAAUGAUUUGUUCCCGAAAAUUCUUUUUUGUUUGAAGUCUUUUUACUAUGACGUCACAAAGUAACAGCAUUAUUUAACAGACACUUUUUUAUAAGUAGAAACUAACAAAAUACUAGUGUUUUGCCAGAAAAUUAUUGUUUUUACUAAUUAUUGCUACAGUUUACAUUGUCGUGAA